CUCACACACACAGGAGACGAGUGCGCUAACCACUGCGCCACCGCUCCCCACCACCCAUUCACUCACACACAGGAGACGAGUGCGCUAACCACUGCGCCACCGCUCCCCACCACCCUCCCACUCCCACAAGGUCGCGGCGUCGUCAGCUGAGAGGUGGCGUGUCCGCAGCCAUGCCUGUUUCGCUGCGUGCCCUUCGGCAGCUCGCCGUGUUCUGGGGGGUCAUGACAACUGGAGGUGGCAGCCUCAUGUACUACCUCCUGCAAAAGAGGUUCCAGGGAUCCGAGUUUUACCAGCAAUCCGUGCGGGCGCUGGAGGAGCACACGGAGAGCAUGACUGCGCUGGGCGCACCGCCCUUGCGGACACAUCUCCUGCACCUCCGCGACACGACCAACAACCACGUGGACGCCUUCUCCGCCAAACUUGCGAUCCCCGUGUCUGGGCAGCACGCCCGCGGCUUCCUGAGGAGCAGCUCAUCCCGAACGGAGCCCAAAGAGAGGUGGGAGAUGCAGGAGGCGAUGCUGUGCUUGGGCAAUGGCAGCUGCAUCUCCAUUCUGCGCAAAGCCGAGGAGUCAGAGGAGUGACGUGGAGAUGACAGCGACGCCGUCGAGGGAGCUUGCACGGAGGGUUCAGUUUCACGGGUUAUCACGGCUUCAAGUGCUGCUCGGCAUCACGGGUCGGGGUCAAACUCAGGGCCUUGUGCUCGGGGUCACUUCUUCAGCUGAUGGUUGACUACCGCUUGUGGGAGACCGCCCGUUGGUUGCAGUCCUGCGACAAAGUUGCAUUUAAAACACUUUAAGGAAUGUUUUUUUGUUUGUUCUUGUACUGCUUUGAAUGGCACUCGAAGGAAUUUCCUUUGAAGGAGCUUUGUGCAGCUCACCACUUGUACUGGACAUUGCAUGACACAAUAUUGUUGAAUAGAAAUUCUAAGAUUUUAGUUAUUGGCAUUCUCUGCAAUGAGGUUAUACAUAAGCAGUUACCGAAAACCUGUACAUUUACAUUUGUUCGAUGAAAUGGUUUAAUUUAUUUGAUUAAAGGCAGCUUAUGUCGGAAUCAGAAUAUUUAUUUAGGCUGCAGGAGUCCAAUGAGCUAUGCAGCUCUUCUUCGCAGAUGCCCAGUAGGAGCAGGUCAGCAAGGUACACCAAACAAUACAAAGAAUGAUUGGCGUCCAAAAAUAGAGAAAAGGUAAGCAAGUCACUAUAAAUGAAUAUAAAUAAAGUAUACAAGUGCAUAUUUCAUGUCAACAUGCUGCCUUGAUGGAGUGCGAUGUUCACGGAUGCUGGGUGGCUGUGCUGGAAUAUUAAGCAGCAGUCAAGACUGAAUUGCGGUAGAGUUGAUGGU